AUGCCAAAAAGCUCAAAACAAAAUCAGUCAAAGACUGUGUCCCCUCCUGAUUCUCUUCAGAUUGCUUCAUCUAACGCAACUCUCAAUACCUUUCUCGGUGGUCACACUUGGUCAUGGAUGACCGGGGGGUCAGCCGUAGUCACCAACCCUAGGCCAGCUCCAGUAGCGUCUAGUAAUUCCCGGAAGCGGAACAAAAAGAGAAAGGCGUCUGACACGGCUCCCCCGACCCAUAACGACAAUGACAUAGAACGCGACAACGUUUCACCUGUUCAAUCAUCUGAACAACCACCGGGUGCCAGAGAAACCACCAUAGCCCCGACCGUCCUACCCUCUCCGGCCCUGACCGAUGCACCGAGCCCGAAUGGCUCGAAUCAAGUUGACCACAUCAAUCCCGAUUCAAGCGCUCACGUAGAGACUGUAGGGCCUGGGCGGCCAGUUUCUGAUAGUAACAUGAGACGAGGCGACUUCGUACACGUCGCGAUCAACACCAACCAACUGAACCAUGCACCCACCACCUUUGCGCAAGCCGAGAGCUCAUUUCCUCGACAAGCCCAUGGCGCAGAGAUAACAACUCUAUCUGCAGUCACCAACCCGACAACGACUGUGCAGCCCCUUCAAAGAUCGAACGUGUCGUUCGGCGUCGACAACAUACAGUACGGUUCAACUGAGCUAUCAACAUCAAGCCCGAGAGUUCAUCCAAGGCCAUCAUCUAUCGACAGCGAGCGCAGGGCCAAGCGUCCUCGUGUACAAGGAGGAUCGACUUCAGAGUUAAUAGCAGAUCAAGAAGUAUGUCAGUAUUGGUCACAAGUAAUUCAGAGUCGCAUAGAGCAGCUCCAGAAUGAUAAGCUCUUCAACAACAACAAUAACAACAAUAACAAUGUUGAAGGACCUAGGUAUGCCAUUUUGAGGGACGCAUGUCAGAGUGAGGAUUUCAUCUUCAUUGCUUUUCACCAGGCGCUUUGCGCUUGGACCUUGAACAAAGAGCCUAUUCAUGUUGUCUUCAACGGCUUGGUGGAUCCUGACACCCUAGAUCGUGCUUUCGAGAUAAUGCAAACCAUUGUAAGGAGAAACGAACUCAUGUCAGUUCCUCAUCUUCAGUGGUUUGCCAAUUUCCCCACUCCCAUUUCUGAUUUCUCUCGGGCGUUUCCAGGUUCAGCUGCGGCCAAAGAAAUAUCUGCCUUUCUCAUCCGGAUGGCAACACAUUGGCACACGCUCUUGCGAAAUGUUCAGGCUCGAAAUUACCCAUUGAUUGCAUAUGAAGUGAUAGGUAUCCUACAAUGUCGGUUCUACGGGCUACAGUCUAUGCUGUUUACUAUGAGUCGCAGGGUGCUUAAUGUGAACGACGGGCUUACGGCAAAUGCGCUGAACGAAAUCUUUCGACAGGAUCGGUGUGAUGAAAACACCUUUGAGGCGCGUGGCGAGCACCCUGAAGUUAUGAGGAUUCAACGAGAAGCUGUGGUAAUGAAAUACAAACGAGUUAUGUCAUCACGGCCAAGUGUCUCUUCCAAUACGACAGUGUCCCCUGUUGUCGGUCAAAAUCCUCCCGUGAUAGAGCGAAACAGGCAACAGCCAGUAGCCCGGCCACCGCUUGCAACAAACGUUUCAUCUCAUGCCACAAACGUAGCGGCUCCACCUGUUCCUUUACCCAACUUCGAUGCCGUGGCUGCUAGAGCUUCUAUAGGUGGCCCUGCGGCGACAAACCCGAUGCCUAUCAACCAGGCCUUUUCGCAAGGCAGCAGAGGUCUCCAAGGCGCGCGACGACCAAACCAUCUCCAUAUUCAGACGGAAACCCCAGCAGUUCCACCAUUUACCGCUCAUACUAGUCAGUCUCCUCUCGCGCAGCCUCUCACUCUACCAAGGUCGUCAAACGCUGGGUCGCCAGUGAUGUUGCAACAAAACCAGGCGUUGCAAUCAAAUGGCCAGGUGCGAACUCCCGUUCUGCCUUCAAAUAGCUUGCUGCCACAAAGACGAGCCAAUUCCUUCGCUUUUCCAUCUCCAGGGCCUCCCGGCGCUCAAAACACAAACACCCAUAAUCCGUCAGUACAUCCUCAUUCACCAGGAUUCCAACAAGCCAGGGGUCCGGCGCAGAUGACGUCUCCUCAUCAUACUCAGACAGUACAGUCUCCGCAGCAUCCACCAGUCUAUCCAGCAACGAGCCCGCCGCGCAGGGUAUCUGUGUCACAAAACCUGAACUACGCGGUGCAAACAACCAACCCCCCAACCGUACCAUACCAAGUUCCAGUCACAGCCAAUAGCUCUCACCAAAUGCUUCCAGUACAGCAAAUACCUUCGGCGGAAUACCCUCCGAGUCCACAUGCGGAUAGUUCGCUCCAAAUUGGUCUUUAUCAGAUUGAGGUACGCAGUCCUCGCCGCGUCCCGUCACAUCCAGGAACAGGUCGAUUUUACCAAUUUGUCAAACAGCUUGUGUACGAGCCUGUACACUUAGAGCCCGCAAGAAGCCUACGGCGUUUACCUUUCACCGUGCCAGAAGACUAUAUGCGACAACUCACGAGAAAAAUCGAGGGGACUGGCCUUCCGUUUUGCUACUAUUCUGAAGGGUCCUACCGCUGUCGACUGCGUAUGUGUAUGCUGCCCGAGGCGCAACCAGAUCCUAAGGAACACGACUGGGUGGUAACGGCGACAUCCUGGCCGAGCUACAUCUUCUUUGUUUUGAAUAAUAAACAAUUAGAACUGCGCCGCAAACAGCACUUCGGCAAGGAUCAGCCGGUGGAAUUGACUGAUUUCUUGCUCAAGGGUGAGAACCAUCUUAGGAUCAGUUAUCCUCCGGUCAACCAGAACAACACAUCGGGUUUUAAGUAUUUUAUUGCCAUCGAAAUAGUAGAGACGAUCAGCCAUGAUGCCGUCUGUAAUAUGAUCAAAUCAAUACGGCGCUGCUCCCCAGACCAAACGAUGGCGCGAAUCAAGCGUCGCUUGCAACCGUCAGACUCGGACGACAUCAUUAUCGAGGACGAGACCUUGACAAUUUCCUUGGCUGACCCUUUCAGCGCGACAAGGUUUAAGGAUCCUGUGAGAGGUAGCCAAUGCAAACACCUCGAAUGCUUUGAUUUGGAAACAUGGCUUCAGACCCGACCUCCGAAACCAGAACAGAUCGGAGGCGGUCCGAAACAGCAAGGGGGCGAGCCCUCGAUGGUGGAUGUUUGGAGAUGUCCGAUAUGCUCUCUUGAUGCGCGUCCUAGCAGCCUCUGGAUUGAUGGGUAUUUCGCAGGAGUACGUCGAUCCUUAAUCGGCAUCGGUGAUAUGCGGACAAAGAGUAUCAGUGUGACCGCUAAUGGCAGAUGGGCUCCGGUGUUGGCCGCGGACGACACAGAUGAUGAAAACACGCCUGCGCCACAACCCAGAAAUACAGUCAACGGCAAUGCUGUGAAGCAGCCAAGACCAUCCGUUACAACAGCACCGACUGUUAUUGAGAUCCUGGAUGAUGAUGAUGACGACUAA